GUCCGAGUUCUACAAGCACAUUGUGUUGUCCGGCGGUUCUACUAUGUACCCCGGGCUGCCCUCCCGGCUAGAGCGUGAACUUAAGCAGCUUUACCUGGAGCGGGUCCUGAAAGGCGAUGUGGAAAAACUUUCGAAAUUCAAAAUCCGUAUCGAAGAUCCGCCCCGUCGGAAGCAUAUGGUGUUCUUGGGGGGUGCUGUUCUCGCGGACAUCAUGAAAGACAAAGACAACUUCUGGAUGACCCGGCAGGAAUACCAAGAGAAGGGGGUGCACGUGCUGGAGAAGCUGGGCGUGACGGUCCGAUAAACCUGGGGCGCUUCCUCCCAUCCCCGGCUCCAAAGUGCGCAUUCCUUCCACCGCCAGUCUUUGAACUCCUUCACUUUUUACAGAAAUGGGGAAGGCCUAUCUGUCUGUGCCACCUUUGACCCAAAGGCCAGGUUUUGAUUUUGUUUCUUUUCUCUUUUCUGUUUGGGGAGUGGAAUCACGUGCCUGUGUUUCGAUGACUUUAAUUGGACCACUUCUGUGCAAGGAAAGCCAGAGCAGGGCAAGCAUGGCUUGUCCGUCACAUUUUUCUUUCCCUGCAGCAGCUGGGUUAGUUGCAGUAGGCUUGUCCUCACAUCUUCGCGGCACCCCUCAUCAGCUUUUGCGUGUACCUCACCAUGGUUGAGAAUCCCUGUAGCAGGAGAGAAUUUUCGCUGUGCUACCGGUUACCUGCCAUCAUUUUUAAGUAGGAGAGAAUUUUCGCUUCGCUACCGGUUACCCACCAUCAUUUUUAAACAGGAGAGAAUUUUUGUUUUGCUACUGGUUACCUUUCAGCAUUUUUAAGCAGGGGAGAAUUUUUGCUUCGCUUCGCUACCGGUUACCCACCAUUAUUUUUAAACUGGAGAGAAUUUUCGCUUUGCUACUGGUUACCUUUCAUCAUUUUUAAGCAGGAGAGAAUUUUCGCUUUGCUUCCGGUUAUCUGCCAUUAUUUUUAGGCAAGAGAGAAUUUUCGUUCUGCUACCAGUUACCCACCAUCAUUUUAAAACAGGAGAGAAUUUUCAUUUUGCUACUGGUUACCUUUCAGCAUUUUUAAGCAGGAGAGAAUUUUCGCUGUGCUACCAGUUACCUGCCAUCAUUUUUAAGCAGGAGAGGAUUUCCGCUUCGCUACCGGUUACCUGCUAUCAUUUUUAGGCAGGAGAGAAUUUUCGUUUUGCUCCCGUCUAUACAUCUAAUAGCAACUCGUGGCCCCCAUCUGCGGGUACUGAUAUCCGUGGAUCGGGGCCACAUCACCGCUAAACGGGUUUUUCUGCAAACUUGGGGGGAACCCCCCCCCCAGGUUUUGCAGAAAAAUCUAAAACCUUAAAAAAAUAUAUUGGAAGGUUUAGAUUCCUGCCGAUAUUGCAUUCUCUGCACAAGCGCAGAGACUGUGCCUACCCUCCAGCAUUGUUGUUGGUGGCUGCAGCAGGGGCUGGGAGCUGCGGUGGAUCCCAGGAGCUGCAGUGGGCGCUGUGAGGAAGUGGGGAAGGAACCCCCCCAGCUAGCCUCACAGGCCUACACUUCUGAUUCUGUCAUGUUCUGUGGAAGGUGGUUUGUUGACUUGGUAUCAUCCCUUGCUUAGGGACUGUGCAGGCAGUCAAGGCUUCCAAGUGAUCCUUAAUACUUUUCCAGAGUACCUUGGAUUCUGUGGACACAGGUGAUGAAAUCCCGCGGAUCAGUUCUACAAUGUGGAGGAAUUUUCCACCAGCCAAAUGGGGUUUCCUGAGCCUCUUGUACAGGAGGACGGCUCCUUCCACCAGAGGAAAGCGUCUCCACAAAUGGAACAGAUUCAAGGGAACAAAUGCUGGGCUUCUGAAAUUAGGUACCGCAGAAACUGGCAGUUAGUGCCUGAACCGGGCAGGAAAGCAGAGGCGAAACAACGAACAGCUUUAAAAGUUUUCCUGAAAGAGUAGCAGUUAACGGUGGCAAAAAUAAUACCCCGAAUCCCUCUUGUAUUUUUCUGUCGAAUCCAUUUCUAGCAGCUGUGAUUUGGCUCUAGGUAGCUAUUCCCUUGCAGGAUGCAUAUGGUUUCUUUCCUUUGCUAUGACGUUUUCCUCUUCUUCUUUUGGUAUUACGAUAUCUUCUUUUUCAUUACCAUCGGGCUUAACGGUGUGUGGGUUUUUGUGUUUUUUUUUAAGUGGGAAAUGUUAAUUACGUCACCUGGGACUGGAUUCCCUGCAUAUAAUCUAUUGAGAAAAAGUAAUAUGUUCAAGAAAAGUCUGUGAAUAUUCUAAUUACUGGUACAAUAUUACAAAAAAAAAAGGAAAAAGUAGAAUUGUAUUAAAUUUCAAAACCGCAAACGCAGUGCCAAGUAAUUGCUAAUUGAUUUUUUUUAUAUAACUGUUAAAUGUUAUUUAAAAUCACCCAGAUAUUUAUAUAAGAACUGUUGGUAGGUUACGAUGAAUGACCUACAUUUGUAGCAGUUAAAAAAAAAUAAUAAUCUUGGAAUGUAGACCUUGUAGUAAGCAGGUAGGUUUGGAAUAUUUCGCCAGUCUAAUUUUGACUGGGGGGGGGGGAAGGUG